GUUUUGCACGUGUCGCCUCCUCACUUGUGGCUUAUUUCUAUCACCACUCCAACAAAUCAAGGGGUUAGAGGUAUACCAAUACGUGGACAGCGAUACAUCCGAUACGUGCCCAGGAUGGGCAGGCGGACUGCCCAAUAGCGAAUAUGUCCGCUGAUUGCCGAGGACACGGUGACAAAAGGACCCGGGAUCGGUUACUGGAUAUAGCAAAAAGAGCCUUCGCAUCGGGAGCCCAAGACCUCCCAGUGCCGCUCCAUGCUACCAAAACAGAACAGAAUGCCGCACCAGAUCUUUGUUCGUUUAUCUCAAGAGAGGACUCACUGCGGCAGCCACCCGCCAGUGGUUGGCUUUUCUGUUUCAUGUCGCAGAUCAUGGAGUGACGGUUUCCCCCUCUGGCCUCCCACACAGCACCGGUAUCCUUUGCACUUGCAGCACACACAUGAUAUGGCCGUAAUUGGCGUUUAUAUGGCGCAGGUGCAAAAAGCCACCGCAGCCGGGCAGUUAUUUGCCGCCUGCGCGUGGGAUGUGCAGUGCAGUGUAAAGGAUGAUCAGCCCGGCAUGUCGCAGUCCUUUUCUGCCUGCAAAAAUCACGGGAGGGAAAGCAGAAGCAUAGGCGAAUUGAGCAGCACAAUCUGUAGUUCGGCAAUAGCAAGGAGUAAAAAAAAGCAGCCGCAUUUCUUUCCCUGUUUGCGUCUCGGCUGUAUGCAAAUGCCUUGCUGCAACGGUUGAGCCCAACAACGCAGGCAGAGGACAACAAAAA